GCGAGGUCCUUGGUACCGCACAAAUCCCCGCAAAGGCAAAGGAAAGUUGCGUUGGAGAACAUAUGUAUUUUUAACUUCCACAGAGUAAUGCCAGUGUUAACAACGUACGCAACGGGUAACGUUACAUAUAGUUUCAGGUAGUCUCCAGUCGUUUCGACCAAGUCAUCUGGUGUCGUGAAAAGGGGCUUCCUCGCUGUGUUGAACUCUCUCAGAACCGGCAGCCGGUAACAGAUACAGAAGUGAAGAUGCCUCAAAAACAGAGGUCCAAGACCUGGACGGAGUUGAAACAAGCUGGAAAUGAAUGUUUCAAGGCAGGCCAGUAUGGAGAGGCCACCAAUACUUACAGCCAGGCAAUCAAAGAGCUGGAGAAGUCCAAUAAAAAGGAACCCGAGGAUUUGGGCAUUUUGUACUCGAACCGUGCAGCCAGCUACCUGAAAGACGGCAAUUGUGCGGAGUGUGUUAAAGACUGCAAUAUGUCUCUGGAGUUGUUCCCAUUCAAUGUGAAGUCCCUGCUCCGUCGUGCCUCUGCCUAUGAAGCUCUGGAGCGCUACAGGCACGCUUACGUAGACUACAAGACUGCUCUGCAGAUCGACUGCAACAUAGCUGCUGCGCAUGACGGCACCAACAGGAUGACGAAGGCUCUCACCGAGGCCGACGGCCUGUCCUGGAGAGAAAAGCUUCCUCCCAUCCCCACCGUGCCGCUGUCUGUCAGAGAGAAACUAGCCCAGAAAACCCCACCCAACGGUGCCCCACCCAACGGUGCCCAGCCCAACCCUACACCCAAACAGAACGUCAACAGACAAGUGAACAAACCUAUUCCCAGUGAUAAAGACACCAAGAAAGCCCAAGCCCUGAAAGAAGAAGGCAACGCCCUGGUGAAGAAAGGAGAGUACAAGAAGGCCAUCGAGAAGUACAGCCAGAGCCUGAAACACAACCCGGCCGAGAUCACGACCUACACCAACCGGGCGCUGUGUUACCUGUCAGUGAAGCAGUACAGAGACGCGGUCCGAGACUGUGACGAGGCCCUGCUGAUGGACCGCAGCAACAUCAAGGCUCUCUACAGGAGGGCCCAGGCCCACCUGGGGCUCAAGGACAUCAAGGCCUGCGAGGACAACCUGAACAGCCUGCUCAAAGUGGAACCCAAUAACUCGGCGGGCCUGAAGAUGCUGCAGGAGGUGCAGAAGAAGAAAUGACCACACACCAGGGAUCUGUCACGGCGCUGCGUACGGAAAGAAGAGGAAGAGGAAGAGGAUGUUUGGAUGAAGAGUCAGGAGACAGAGACGUGAUUCAGCCGCUUCAGGUCAAGGACUUGACCUGCGUUUCCCAAAAGUUUCAUUCAAAGGUCUUCUGGAAAACGCAGCUCUGGUUGAUGGACCAGGAAGAAGCCUUGGCAGUGUUUGUCUUCUACCAGUUCUAGUGUCACUGAGUAUUUAUGGUUAUUUAUGAGAGCUGAAAUUGACACGUCAUAAUUCGAACUGAGAAUAAGCCUUUACCAUCCUCGUGUGUAUGAGUUCAGCAGG